GCGGCGUCCCGCUGCUCGGCGCGUCCCCAGCGCUCCCCGGAGUGGCGGAAAUUAGAGGGACGGGCGGGGGGUGGGGAGGGUGGGUGGAGGCGCGCGAGGGAAGAAGGAGCCGGGAAAGAGACAAGAGUCUGGCCACAUCUGUGAAAACUUGGAGAAGGAGGGCGGGGAAGAGGAGGAGCGCAGGAGCGCGCGGAGGGGAGCGCGAGGGCCCGCGCGCGGCGUAGCUCAACUUUUGCAACCGGGGCGCUCGGCCUGGAUGGGCCCUGAUUGCUGAAAAGUCGCCUUGACGGUCGGGGGCUCCUUUCUUUCUCUUUCUCCUCCCACCCGCGGUUGAACCAAAUCAGAACUGUCACUCAGGCCCGGUGACUCACAGGGAUCAGAUUACAAGGAUCCCUGAAACUGAUGCGCGGGCUGCAGCGGCGGGAGGGAGCGGACCGGGCCGCGCUGCCGGCGCCCGCACACUCGCCCGCCCGCCGGCCGCUCCCCGCGGCGCCCGCUCGCCCCGCCGCCGGCCCGCGCCACACCAUGCCCGCCGCGGCCGCGCGCUGCGAUCGGUCCGGCCACCCGCGGUAGCCCGAGUCGCCCGUCGCUCCGCCGGCGCGGGUCUGUCGAUUCGGGACCUGACAGCCGCAGCCGCAGGCAUUCCUUCAAGAAACAAGCUGAAGUAAUGAGAAGACAGUAUGGAGGCCCAGUCCCACAGCUCCACAACCACUGAGAGGAAGAAAGCUGAGAAUUCCAUCGGGAAAUGUCCCACAAGAACAGAUGUCAGUGAGAAGGCCGUGGCCUCCAGUACCACUUCAAAUGAGGAUGAAAGUCCUGGACAGACCUAUCACCGAGAGAGAAGAAACGCAAUCACUAUGCAGCCUCAGAGUGUGCAGGGGCUCAGCAAAAUCAGUGAGGAGCCCUCAACAUCUAGUGAUGAGAGGGCCUCACUGAUCAAGAAGGAGAUCCAUGGAUCUCUGCCACAUCUGGCAGAGCCCUCUCUCCCUUAUCGUGGAACUGUGUUCGCCAUGGACCCCCGGAAUGGUUACGUGGAGCCUCACUACCACCCUCCUCAUCUUUUCCCUGCCUUCCAUCCUCCUGUACCAAUUGAUGCCAGACAUCAUGAGGGCCGUUACCAUUACGAUCCAUCUCCUAUUCCUCCAUUACAUGUGCCUUCUGCCUUAUCUAGUAGCCCGACGUAUCCAGACCUGCCCUUCAUUAGGAUCUCCCCACACCGUAACCCCACUGCAGCUUCAGAGUCCCCCUUCAGCCCCCCACACCCCUACAUCAACCCAUAUAUGGACUACAUCCGCUCCUUGCACAGCAGCCCGUCCCUCUCCAUGAUCUCAGCGGCCCGAGGGCUGAGCCCUACAGACGCCCCCCAUGCUGGAGUCAGCCCUGCGGAAUACUAUCACCAGAUGGCCCUGCUGACAGGCCAGCGCAGCCCCUACGCAGACAUCCUCCCGUCAGCCGCCACCGCUGGUGCAGGGGCCAUCCACAUGGAGUACCUUCAUGCCAUGGAUAGCACCAGAUUUCCCAGCCCCAGGCUGUCAGCUAGGCCCAGCCGAAAGCGCACACUGUCCAUAUCACCACUGUCCGAUCAUAGCUUCGACCUUCAGACCAUGAUAAGAACAUCUCCUAACUCCUUGGUCACAAUUCUCAAUAAUUCUCGUAGCAGCUCUUCAGCUAGUGGCUCCUAUGGGCACUUAUCGGCAAGUGCAAUCAGCCCUGCUUUGAGCUUUACCUACCCCUCCGCCCCUGUGUCUCUCCAUAUGCAUCAACAGAUCCUAAGCCGUCAGCAAAGUUUAGGCUCAGCAUUUGGACACAGCCCUCCGCUCAUCCACCCUGCUCCAACAUUCCCAACACAGAGACCUAUCCCUGGAAUCCCAACGGUUCUGAACCCUGUCCAGGUCAGCUCUGGCCCUUCUGAGUCCUCACAGCAGAACAAGCCCACAAGUGAGUCUGCAGUCAGCAGCACUGGAGACCCUAUGCAUAAUAAGCGGUCCAAGAUCAAACCCGAUGAAGACCUCCCCAGCCCGGGGUCCCGGGGACAGCAGGAACAGCCUGAAGGAACAACCCUAGUCAAGGAGGAAGGGGACAAAGAUGAAAGCAAGCAGGAGCCUGAAGUCAUCUACGAGACAAACUGCCACUGGGAAGGCUGCACCAGAGAGUUCGACACCCAGGAUCAGCUCGUGCAUCAUAUCAAUAAUGACCACAUUCAUGGAGAAAAGAAGGAGUUUGUGUGCCGCUGGCUGGAUUGUUCAAGAGAGCAGAAGCCCUUCAAAGCCCAGUACAUGUUGGUAGUGCAUAUGAGAAGACACACUGGCGAGAAGCCUCACAAGUGUACCUUUGAAGGUUGCACAAAAGCCUACUCGAGACUAGAAAACCUGAAAACGCACUUGAGAUCUCACACUGGAGAGAAGCCAUACGUCUGUGAACACGAGGGCUGCAACAAGGCAUUCUCCAACGCUUCGGAUCGGGCUAAGCACCAAAACAGAACGCAUUCCAAUGAGAAACCAUAUGUAUGCAAAAUCCCUGGCUGCACCAAGCGGUACACAGACCCCAGCUCUCUCCGGAAGCAUGUGAAGACUGUGCAUGGCCCUGAGGCUCAUGUCACCAAAAAGCAGCGUGGGGACAUGCACCCUCGGCCUCCACCCCCGAGAGAUUCUGGCAGCCAUUCGCAGUCCAGGUCCCCCGGCCGGCCGACUCAGGGAGCCUUUGGUGAGCAGAAAGAGCUGGGCAACACUACCUCAAAGCGGGAAGAAUGCCUCCAGGUGAAGACGGUCAAGGCCGAGAAACCCAUGACAUCUCAGCCAAGCCCUGGUGGUCAGUCUUCAUGCAGCAGCCAACAGUCCCCCGUCAGCAACUAUUCCAACAGUGGGCCCGAGCUUCCUCUGACCGAUGGAGGGGGUGUGGCAGACCUCAGUGCCAUCGAUGAAACCCCAAUCAUGGACUCGACCAUUUCCACGGCGACCACAGCCCUUGCUUUGCAAGCCAGGAGAAACCCAGCAGGGACCAAAUGGAUGGAGCACAUCAAACUUGAAAGGUUAAAACAAGUGAAUGGAAUGUUUCCAAGACUGAACCCUAUUCUACCCUCCAAAGCCCCUGCGGUGUCUCCUCUCAUAGGAAAUGGCACACAGUCCAAUAACAACUAUAGUUCAGGUGGGCCCGGGACCCUUCUCCCGAGCAGAGGUGACCUGUCGGGUGUAGACUUCACCGUGCUGAACACGCUCAACAGGAGGGACAGCAGCACCAGCACCAUCAGCUCCGCCUACCUGAGCAGCCGAAGAUCCUCGGGCAUCUCCCCUUGCUUUUCCAGCCGCAGGUCCAGCGAGGCAUCCCAGGCCGAAGGGCGACCCCAGAACGUGAGUGUGGCCGACUCUUAUGACCCCAUCUCCACAGAUGCCUCACGGAGGUCCAGCGAGGCCAGCCAGGGGGAUGGGCUGCCCAGUCUCCUCAGCCUCACACCCGUGCAGCAGUACCGCCUCAAGGCCAAGUAUGCCGCUGCCACUGGUGGCCCACCGCCCACACCCCUGCCCCACAUGGAAAGGCUGAGCCUAAAGACCAGGAUGGCCCUGCUAGGAGAGGGGAGGGACUCGGGGGUGACCCUGCCUCCGGUCCAUCCUCCUCGGAGAUGUAGUGAUGGAGGAGGCCAUACGUACAGCCGGCGUCACCUGCUGCCUCAUGAUGCACUGGCUAACAGUGUGAGGAGGGCCAGCGACCCUGUGAGGACAGUCUCAGAGAACAUGUCACUUCCCAGGGUUCAGCGCUUCAGCAGCCUCAACAGCUUUAAUCCUCCGAGUUUGCCUCCAUCGGUGGAGAAACGUAGCUUAGUGCUGCAAAAUUAUACCCGGCCAGAGGGCAGCCAGGCCCGAUUCUUCCAAGCGUCUCCUUGUCCUCCCAGCAUCACAGAGAAUGUCGCCCUGGAGGCCCUGACCAUGGAUGCUGAUGCCAACUUGAAUGAUGAAGAUUUCCUGCCAGAUGACGUAGUACAGUAUUUAAAUUCCCAGAACCAAACAGAGUAUGGGCAGCAAUUACAGAGUGCCAUCUCUGAAGAUAGCAAAGUAGCCCAUGGGCCAGAGAACUUGGACCUGCCGGAUCUGCCAGACAGUCAUGUUGGCCAGCAGUAUCCGGCUCUAGAGCAGCCUUGUUCUGAGGGCAGCAAAACUGACUUGCCCAUCCAGUGGAAUGAGGUCAGUUCUGGAAGCUCUGAUCUGUCAUCCUCCAAGCUGAAAUGUGGCCAGCGCCCGACCGUUCAGCAGGCUCGAGCCUUUGGCUUAUACAACAAUAUGGUGGCACACCCACAGAAUCUGUGGAAGGUUGGAACUGGCCCCACCGGCGGCUGUCAGAUCCUCGGAGAGAACGGCAGUACCUACAGUGGUCCAGAGCACUUUGUAAUCCACAGUGGGGAUGGGCCUGGCCCCAAUGGAAACGCUUUUCAUGAACAGCCCUAUAAGACGCAGCAGUACGGGAGCCAGAUCAACAGGCAGCCACUGGCUUCCAGUACACUAGAUAGCGCCUGUGGUGCUGGGCUUCAAGGGGCCAAGCUGAAAGGCAACACCUUGCAAGAGAACGGGAAUUUGCUAGAUUUUGCCCUGUCCACGGCACCAAAUGAGUUAGCUGGCAACACGGUGAAUGGCAUACCAGCCCAAGAUCCAAUGGGACAGGGAUACAUUGCUCAUCAGCUACUCAGUGGCAGCAUGCAACACCAGGGGGCCAGCCGCCCUGGUCAACAGAUCCUAGGGCAGGUUGGUGCUACCUCACAUGUCAACAUCUAUCAAGGGACAGAGAGCUGCCUGACGGGGACUCAGGACAACAGCAGCCAGCCAGCGAGCAUGGCGGUGGUCAGGGGCUACCAGCCCUGUGCUGGCUAUGGGGGCAGCAGGCGCCAGGCAAUGCCAAGGGGCAGCCUCACUCUGCAACAAGGACAGCUCAGCGACGUGAGUCAGAGCAGCAGGGUGAACGGCAUCAAGAUGGAGGCACAAGGGCAGUCCCAGCAGCUCUGCGCGAGCAUGCAGAAUUACUCGGGUCAGUUCUAUGACCAGAUCGCCUCGGGCUUCAGUCAGCAAGACAGGAAGGCUGCUUCGUUCUCCCUUUCAGAUGCCAACUGCCUGCUCCAGGGGAACGGCACCGAAAACUCUGAGUUACUUUCCCCAGGUGCUAACCAAGUGACAAGCACAGUGGACAGCUUUGAGAGUCAUGACCUAGAAGGCGUGCAGAUUGAUUUUGAUGCCAUCAUCGAUGAUGGGGACCAUACCAGCCUAAUGUCAGGGGCCUUGAGCCCAAGUAUCAUUCAGAACCUUUCCCACAGCUCCUCCCGUCUCACCACCCCACGGGCACCCCUCCCGUUCCCAGCCCUGUCCAUGAGCACCACCAACAUGGCUAUCGGAGAUAUGAGUUCUUUGCUGACCUCCCUUGCAGAAGAAAGCAAGUUCCUUGCAGUUAUGCAGUAGGCAAGAAGGACCACAAAUAGAGGUUAAAAAAAAAAUAGGACUUGAAAGAUUGAACUGACUCUGUUUGGACUUUUUUUUUUUUUUUUUUUUUGUCCUUUUUUUAAGUUCUGUAUGUAUUUCAGCAAUCUCAUCUCACCUACUGGGAUGUGUCUCGAGUAUAUUCCUUUUAUGGAAAAGGACUCUGAAAACCCCUAAGGUAUUCUAGGGGAGAAACUGUCUUCCAUUUCAGUUCGGGAAUCAGUAUUGUGACAUUGAAAUUACCCUCCUCUUUUAACCUGUAAGCCUGCCCCCUUUUGAGUGAACCAAUGUAAAUGUGUAAUGUGCAUGUUCUUUCUUUUAGAAGAGAAGUCAUCAAAUCGAAAGAUUUGGCCUGCUUCUCUGCUAUCCCAGGAGCUAGGAAUUGGUGUACUUGUGACCAAGGGGUUGCGAGUCUCCCUUUAAAGUUUUCCUUUACUGUACUCGGUGACUUGCUUUUAUACGUGUAUGUGUGCUUUUAAUCCCUACACCGAGUACAAGAAUCGAAUGAGUAGUGAGUUUGAAGAUUGUUGGUGGGCACACUGUAGUUAGUAUAAAUAGCAGGUUUUUAUGUGUUCCCCACCUUGACUCCAUUCAGGGCAUACUUUUAACAGCUGCACAAAAGUGGAAAUUUGGGGAUCCUACAAAUGAAAUGGUUUGAUCAGGGUUCUGCAAGUAUGCAUCCCGUGGAUAUGUCUCUAUAGUCAGUUCUCGGCUGUCUAGCAUUCCCUCCACCUUUACAAACAUUUACUGUUAUUUAGCACAGCGGUGAUAGUAGACAGGCAGUUCACGUACAGGCAUGUCCCUCUUAGCUCCUUUGUAAGAAGUUAGACCGAUCAUAGGUUGACACAGUUGGGUAGAAUUAGUUUGAGGACUGUCUUUGUGGACCUGCUGUGAUUGAUUUCUCCCACCUCUUUCCUCAGUAUCGAAGGUAACUGAGAAUUGACUAUACGUAGCUCUAAAUAGGUACUAAAACAACCCACAACUGGAUGUGUCACUACCAUUUGUUAAUUUCCCUAUAGAAAGGAAGUACGUCUAUUCAAAGUGCCCUGUUUUCAGAGAUGUGUAAGAUGUAAUUAUAAAAGGCAAAACUCAGAUACAGUGACAUCAGGAAUAAAUUGCUUUAACCAUUUUUAACAUCGGAGAGCAUAAAGGAUGAUAUUUAGUAACCAUGUGGAUUCCAAAUACCAUUAGUCCUUAACAUGGACUAGCACUUUUGUUUCAGAUUAAGAUUUUAAAGAUUUACACAGUGCAGCCUCUCCUCACAUGCAGUUGACACAGGAAAGUCCUACUAUGCAUGCUCAGAUUACAUGGAUUAUCCAGGAUAUUACUUUAAAACUAGAUAAACGAAAAUAAAAUGCUUACUCAUCAGCCCCUGAGAGUGAAUUUGCCCCAAGGGAUUUUUGACAUGGUUGUGUGGCUUCUCCUCUUAAGUCCUGCCAUUAAAUUUAGGAGUAGAAAGAUGAAAACUAAGUGUUAGGUAGUAGGAAGAAUGUUAUGACGAGCCAAUUUUGCUCAUGCCUAUUUUCUCUCAUUUGGAGCCCAAAUUUCAACAGGAAGGAAACUUUGCCAUUUAGGACUUUGUGGCUAAACUAGCCAGUUUGCAUUCUGUUAGAUGUCAGGACCAGUAGAGCAAUCUGUGAGUUCUCCAUGCAUUGCAGCCCUCUCCCAAGGGACUUCCUGUAAAUCAGAGGAUAGCCCACUAGCAAGAGGGAACUACUGCUCUGGAUUCAGGAGAGUAAAGCAAGGCUUCUCUGUUCCUCAAAUAGGUCACAUUCUCAUCACAAAAUGAGUGAUGGAAUCCCUGAAUUUCACUUGUCAAAAGUCUUUUGUGUUUUAAAUCUCUACUCUGGGUCUGACCUGGCAUGCCUUUAUUAUUUGGCCCAUUCUCUUUAUUAACUUUUAGUUUCAAAGAAGGGGUUUAGGAUACCCCUCCGUCAGCAAGGAGAGUGACCUUGGUUCCUGGUCAAACCCAUUGAUUGCCUCCUGCAACAGAGACCUUCCUAGGUGCAAUCCUUGCAUGUGAACUUGAAGCUUUGAAGUACAGUGGUUUCUCCACAACGGCUGUACCUAAAGGGAUGGGCAGUGCACAGAACCAGCACCACUGCCAUCUUACUUUCUGCUUUUGACUCUUUCAUUUCUUCUCUCUUUAAUUGUUAUUUUUCCAAGCUGUUGCAUUUAGAUUUGUGGAAUGGAAGCUUCCACUCAGUAUCUGACUUUUCUCAAUAUGAAAAUUUCAGAAGGAUACAGGUCAAAAAAGAAAAAUGGAGGCUGAAAAGCAUUCUGUCCCAAGAUUUCAAUGAUUUGUCAUUAUAGUCCAGUGCAAGAAAGAUCAUGUGAUCACUGAAACUGUCCUUUGGGACAUGAGAUCUCUGCAGGUUUGGCAUUUCCUGUCAAACACCUCCCCACAGUCUACACCCUCUUUCCUUUCUUUGGCUGUUGCAUUUAGGAGAAACACUGUUGACUCUCUAGUUAUCACCUUUGCUUUUUAGUGAAAGUAUGGGCUCAUACAUGGUACUCCUGUUUGACGUCUAUGUUCAAUGGUUUAUGUUUUUCAUAACCUUUUCUGAAGAAUUAAGUAACUCACUUUCCUGCUCCUCACAUGUUGGCUUGUCCUGAGCCACAGGUUUUGAUUCUUGCAAUGUAUGUGCCUUAUUUUAUGUUUCUCUUGUCAAUGAGAAGGACCAGUUUUUGUCCAGUCAGCACUCCAAGGCUGCGUGACCAGACAGUGUUACCAGGAAGUGAGUACAGGACUGUAGCAGUCUGAGCUGUCCAGUGACCUGAUUUCCUGUGUUGUUUAAAGCUGAUAGGAGGAUGUUCUCCUCUGACAAGUUACCCUUGUAUAUCCUGCAAAUGUGUAAGAUAAAAGAUGUUCCUUUUCUCCACCUUUUUUUAGAUUUUUAAAGAAGAAAAUGUGUAAUCCUUUUUAAAGAACAACACAUGUAAAUACAUUCAAGUAUUGUAGGCGUAGAGUUGGGGUGUGAUGGCCUUGGACCUUCCUCGGAAAAGCCUGUGGCUGCUCAGUGCUCAUAGGCCACAGGAAUGGCAGCCCAGACACAUGAACUCUGCCUUGGCUUUCAGAACCACUUAGUUCUUUUGUAACAAAGAAAAAACAAAAACAAAUAAAAAUGUUUCUUACAGUGUCAAUAAAAAACUUUGUACUGAAAUGUU